AUGGGAUUCACUGCAUCAGUUUCAGACACAAGUUUGUUUAUGAAAACAGACUUUGCGGACAUAAUCAUCCUACUGUUAUAUGUGGAUGAUAUUAUUUUGACUGGAUCAAGCUCAGUUAAAGUUCAAAAUGUAGUCCAAGAAUUAUCAACAGUGUUUGAUUUGAAAGAUUUGGGCAGGCUCACUUACUUUCUUGGUCUGCAGAUUCAAUAUAAAUCAAAUGGGGAUAUUUUUGUUCAUCAAGCAAAGUAUAUAAAGGAUCUCAUUCAUAAAUCAGGAAUGGAUUCGUGUAAACCAGCUGCUACUCCUUGUAAGCCUCAUAGUCAGCUUUUGUGUUCCGAAGGUUCUCUCCUUGCAGAUCCUAGUACAUACAGAAGUGUUGUGGGGUCCCUACAAUACUUGACAUUUACGAGACCUGACAUUGCAUUUGCAGUUAAUACAGUAUGUCAAUAUAUGAAUUCCCUUACCGAGAUACAUUUUGGUGAUGUCAAACGAAUUCUACGAUAUUUGCAGGGAACCCUGCAUACUGGGAUAGUGUAUUCUGCAGCAUCACAUCCUACUCUCACUGCUUUCUCAGAUUCUGAUUGGGCUGCAUAUCUCAAUACAAGGAGAUCAGUUACUGGGUAUGUGGUUUAUCUUGGGGAAAAUCCGAUUUCUUGGCAAUCAAAGAAACAAACAUCGGUGUCCCGAAGUUCUACAGAGGCUGAGUAUAAAGCUCUAGCUCAUACAGCUGCAGACAUAGCUUGGGUUAGACAGAUUCUCAGAGAUUUGAAAUGCUCAGUGCCUCAACCUCCUAUAAUACAUUGUGAUAACAUGUCUGCGAUAGCUUUAAGUUCCAAUCCUGUCUUCCAUUCCAGAAUCAAGCAUCUGGAUACAGAUUAUCAUUUUGUAAGGGAAAGAGUACAGAGAAGAGAUCUUGAGGUUCUCUACAUUCCAACAGAAGAACAAACAGCAGACAUUCUAACUAAGGGGCUGCAUAGUCUUUCAUUUCUCAAGCAUUGUUACAAUCUAAAGCUUGGAAAUCCCAGCUUAGAUUGA